GUAGAUAUUCAACAAAUUUCUGUGUGAGCAGAUGGAAUUGUCCAUGAAUAACUUUAAUGUAAAUUUCCAAGUGUAGAUGUUAAGAGGGCCAUAGAAAAUCAUUUGGGAAAAGGGAAAAUAUAUGGAGGAGAAAUUAUAUGAAAAUGUCAUUGAACCUGGAGUUGAGGGAUGAGCAGGAAUUCUCAUUGAACCUGGAGUUGAGGGAAGACCAGCUUUCAAGCUUGGAGUGUGAAAGUGUGGCUCCUGUGUGGGGUUUGUGAGUGGGAUGAAUGAGUACCAGAUUUUAAGUGACCCUGGAUGCCAGUCUGAGUCUGAGUCUGAACUUUCUCCUGUAAGCAGUGGGAAAGUUGUGAAGCAGUAGAAGUGUGGCAAUGGAAUGAAAUAGGUGUGUUAGUGGCAGAUUAAUCAGGUAGCAUAUGGAUUGCAUGGUGGAGCUAAACGUAAAACAGCCGGAGCAAGGUGUAACAAGAGGGGGCUAUUCUGAGAGACACUGGAAUGUAAUGAUUGGUUAUUAAGGUACUGGGUCCCCAAGCAAAAUGCAUUUUGCUCUGUGAAAGAAUCAAGACCCAAAAGGUUUCCUGUUGUAUGAUUCCAUUUAUAGUACAUCCUGGAAAGGGAAAAAUAAGAAUGAAAAACAGACCAGUAGCAGCUUAGGGACAGGGAAGGGGUUGACGACAAGAAGCUGCCCAGGAGUCUCGAUGGUGAUAACAACUGCUCUGAGAUUGUUGACUGUGUCAAAACCGCUGGAACAGUGCACCAAAGAGACUCCCUGCUGAUAGGCAUAUUGAAGGCAGCAGGUGAUGGUUCAAGUGCUUGUGAGUCUGGAUUGAGUUUCUGGCUCCUGACUUUGGCCUGGCCUAGUCCCAGCUGUUGCCGGCAGUUGGGGAGUGAACCUGCCGAUAGGAGAUAUCUGUCUUUUCUGCAUUUCAAAGUUGGCUAUAAUGGAAGUAAAGGGGAAAAAAAAAUUCACAAGAAAGAAUAGAAAGCCAUCGCAAGAAAAAAGCAGAUUUCCUAAAAACAGCGAUUCUGGUUCUUCAAAGACAUUCCCAAGGAAAGUUACUAAGGAAGGUGGACCUAAAAUCACAUCAAAGAACUUUGAGAAGAGUGCCACAAAACCUGGGAAAAAGGGUGUGAAGCAGUUCAAGACUAGGCAACAAGGGGACAAAGGAUCGAAGAACAAAUUUCAGGCGGCAAAUAAAUUCAGCAAGAAGAGAAAAUUCCAGUCGGACAAUAAAAGUGAUGAAUCAGCAGCCAAGAAACCCAAAUGGGAUGACUUCAAAAAGAAGAAGAAAGAACUGAAGCAGAGCAGGCAACUGAGUGAUAAAACCAACUAUGACAUUGUUGUUCGGGCAAAGCAGAUUUGGGAGAUCCUGAGAAGAAAAGACUGUGACAAAGACAAAAGAGUAAAGUUAAUGAGUGACUUGCAGAAGUUGAUUCAAGGGAAAAUUAAAACUAUUGCAUUUGCACAUGAUUCAACUCGUGUGAUCCAGUGUUACAUUCAGUAUGGCAAUGAAGAACAGAGAAGACAGGCAUUUGAAGAAUUGCAAGGUGAUUUGGUUGAAUUAAGUAAAGCCAAAUACUCCAGAAAUAUUGUUAAGAAAUUUCUUAUGUAUGGAAGUAAACCACAGGUUGCAGAGAUAAUCAGAAGUUUUAAAGGCCAUGUGCGCAAGAUGCUGCGGCAUGCAGAGGCGUCAGCCAUUGUGGAGUACGCCUACAAUGACAAAGCCAUCUUGGAGCAGAGGAACAUGCUCACAGAGGAACUCUAUGGAAAUACGUUUCAGCUUUACAAGUCAGCAGAUCAUCCAACUCUGGACAAAGUGUUAGAGGUACAGCCAGAAAAAUUAGAGCUUAUUAUGGAUGAAAUGAAACAGAUUCUAACGCCAAUGGCUCAAAAGGAAGCUGUGAUUAAGCACUCAUUGGUGCAUAAAGUAUUCUUGGACUUUUUUACCUAUGCACCCCCAAAACUCAGAUCAGAAAUGAUUGAAGCUAUCCGGGAAGCGGUGAUCUACCUGGCACACACACACGAUGGCGCCAGAGUGGCCAUGCACUGUCUGUGGCAUGGAACGCCCAAGGACAGGAAAGUGAUUGUGAAAACAAUGAAAUCUUACGUUGAGAAGGUGGCUAAUGGCCAAUACUCACAUUUGGUUUUACUGGCAGCAUUUGAUUGCAUUGACGAUACUAAGCUUGUGAAACAGAUAAUCAUAUCAGAGAUUAUCAGUUCCUUGCCUAGCAUUGUAAAUGACAAAUAUGGAAGAAAGGUCCUGUUAUAUUUACUAAGCCCCAGAGAUCCUGCCCAUACAGUACGAGAAAUCAUCGAAGUUCUACAGAAAGGAGAUGGAAAUGCACACAGUAAGAAAGAUACAGAGAUCCGCCGACGUGAGCUCUUAGAGUCCAUUUCUCCAGCUUUGCUAAGCUACCUGCAAGGACACGCCCAGGAGCUGGUGCUAGAUAAGUCUGCUUGUGUGUUAGUGUCCAGCAUUCUCGGAUCUGCCACUGGGGACGUCCAGCCCGCCAUGGCUGCCAUCGCCACCCUGGCAGCAGCACCUCUGCAUCCUGGCGGCAGCGACGGAGAGCUUCAUGUUGCGGAACAUCCUGCAGGACAUCUGGUUCUGAAGUGGUUGAUAGAGCAAGACAGAAAGAUGAAAGAAAGUGGAAGAGAAGGUUGCUUUGCAAAAGCACUGGUAGAGCAUGUUGGUGUUAAGAACCUGAAGACGUGGGCCAGUGUCAAUCGAGGUGCCAUAAUCCUUUCCAGCCUUCUCCAGAGCUCUGACCAAGAAGUUGCAGGCAAAGUCCGAGCUGGAUUGAAAAGCCUGAUUCCCACGUUGGAAAAAAACAAAAACGCCAGCAAAGGAGUGGAAAUUCUGCUUGAAAGACUGACUGCAUAGAUGGAGAAAGUGAAGAAUGAAGCGGGAUCAUUUUUCCUGUCUUCUGUUUUCCAAGUGCAGAGUGACAGGGCCCACCUUGUUGGUAAUUGGGUGCUGUGUAUAAGCUGCUUCUUUAUGUAAGAAUCUGUUUAUAAAAUUAUUUUUAAAUUUUUUUGUGAA